AUGAAAAACCACGAACGUACACAUCAUGGUGUAGGGUUAGAAGCAGGAGGCCCUAAUGGAGUUCUCAUAGCUAAUGGAACUGGAGAGGGUGGCCAGAAUGGUGUUAUGUACUUACCCCGAGAGCGGCCUUAUCUUUGUGGAGUGUGUCAUAAAUCUUUUGCAAGAAAAGAUCACUUACGCAAACACCAACGGACGCAUACAGGAGAGAGGCCAUUCCAAUGUGGUGUUUGCAUGAAGGCAUUCUCACGACGGGACCAUCUAAAAAAACACCAGAGGACCCACAGUGGUGAGAAACCCUAUGAAUGUUUUGUCUGUUCGAAGGCAUACUCUCGAAAGGACCAUUUAAACAAACACGAGCGGACGCAUACUACUGGAGAAAUGCUUCCCACUGUAGGUGCAGCAGAUAACAAUAAUGGCGAUUGUGGCAUUGGUGCUGGCACUAUUGGAGCCCCUGCGAACAGUACACAACAGCAACAGCAGCAGCAGCAGCAGCUGCUUAUCGAUCAGAAACCUCCUAAAUGUAAAUAUUGCCCCAAAAUAUUUGCAACCCAAAAUCAGCUAGAUCUGCAUGAACUGACCCACAACCAAACCCAUGAAGAGCUUCAUGGGUCUAUAUCUAUUAAUCUGAAUUCCUCAAGUGGCCUUUCCCAACCACAACCGCCUCCUCCUCCACCACCACAACAUAUUCAAUUAACAAACGUACCUCCACUUCAGCAGAUCUCCCUCCAACAGCAACAACCGCAACAGCAGCUGACCACUUCAUCAUCCACCAAUGUCCACCAAUUAUUAUCACAACCGGUUGUUGCUACAACUUUACGACAGCCCCUUCUCCAGACAGCCCCUGGCCAGACUGCUACCAUAACAAUUAGUCCCGGAUCGAUAGCGCCAGGAAACUACACUCCCCAACCAAUCACACUCCAGCAGCCUGUAGCUAUGGCCACUGCAAAUCAUUAUGCCUGGACAAACGGCUUUCCAGUCAGCUCAACAUGGGCAACUGGUUGGGUUAAUCCUAAUCUGUAUACCCUUGACCAACAAAAGUGUGAAGGCCAAGAAACAACUCAUAAUAUUCAGACCUUGCUGCAAUAA